AUGACCGAGGAUAUGGAGAAUUUACCGGAGGAGCCAAAGUUGCAUAGCUUGGAAAGCUUCGCGGUGCGUCACUGCAGCGACAAUUUCGAACACAAAGCUGAGGUGUCGCCCAACACUGACAUGAGUGGACUGCCCAUCCAUUUCCGGCAGAUUUUGAUCCUUCAAAGUCGGAAAGUCACCAUCGACCAGAUCUUUGGCUCCCGCCGACUUGAGCGCUUUUCUGCCCUCCUCAACUUUCUCACCGCGACGGUAUCUGAACUAAAGAUCGUGGAAAAAGAGCGUCUAGCAAGCGUCGACAUGACGGAAAUCACUAAUAUCGAGGUCGUCUAG